CCCACACAUAUACACUCACACACACUCACACUCACACUCACACACACAUACACGAACACACUAACACACACAAUAACACGAACACAGACAGACAGUCAGCAAUCGGCAUCUGGAUCUAGUUAAUAGUAGAUCAGCAGCAACAAUAAUUGAAUCAGUCAACAAUCAUUCAAUCAAUCAUUCACUUCAAACCAAACGGUACUUCGAAGCUUCAACAUGGCGACCGUCAACGUAAAUCGCAGCGUUACGGAUAUCUUCUAUCGCUACAAAAUGCCACGCCUGCAGGCCAAAGUCGAAGGCAAAGGCAACGGCAUCAAAACGGUCCUCGUCAACAUGGCCGAGGUGGCUAGAGCGAUCGGAAGACCAGCUACCUAUCCAACCAAGUACUUUGGCUGUGAGCUGGGCGCCCAAACGCAGUUCGAUCAUAAGAACGAACGUUUCAUUGUAAAUGGAUCCCAUGAUGUGAACAAGUUGCAGGAUCUGCUGGAUGGGUUCAUACGUAAAUUCGUGCUCUGUCCCGAGUGCGAUAAUCCGGAGACGAAUUUAACUGUCUCGGCCAAAAAUCAGACCAUCUCGCAGUCGUGUAAGGCUUGUGGUUUCCAUGGCCUACUGAAGGUCAACCACAAGGUCAAUACGUAUAUUGUGAAGAAUCCGCCAUCGCUGAAUCCUGCUGCCCAGGGUUCAUCUCUAACGGAAGGCAAACGCUCCAAGCGUGUGCAGAAGCAAAAGAAUGAAAACUCUGAUGGAUCGAUGUCCAAUAAUUCAAUGGCAAAUAAUUCUGGCGGCGAAUCGGAUGGCGGCAAUGGCACCAACCAUGCCAGCCAAACGGAAGCAGAGAUUAGCGCCGCCAUACCUGAGAAGAGCAAUGCCGAGGAUGACGACGAUGGUGGCUGGAGCGUUGAUGUUUCCAAGGAGGCGAUACGCGCUCGUUUGCAGGAUCUGACCGAUGGAGCCAAGGGUAUGACCAUUUCGGAUGACUACGACAAGACAGAGAAGGAGCGCAUCGAUAUCUUCUACGAGUUGGUGAAGAACAAGCGAGAUAUGAAACAGCUUGAUGAUGUGCCCACGCAUAAGGAGUUGCUGAUUGAGGCCGAGCGCUUGGAUAUUGUGAACAAGGCACCGCUAGUGCUGGCCGAGCUGCUCUUCACCGAGAACAUCAUUCUCGAUGUUCGCAAAAAUCGCAUUCUCCUGCUGCGGUUCACCCACAACAAUCCGAAGGGCCAGCGUUAUCUGAUCGGUGGCAUCGAGCAGACUGUUGAACUGCAUGCGAACACGUUGAUGAGCAAGGUGGCCGGAAUCUUUAAGAUAUUCUACGAUUUGGACAUACUCGACGAGAAGGUGAUACUGGAAUGGGCCCAGAAGGUCAGCAAGCGUCAUGUUUCAAAGAAGAUUGCUACGGAGAUACACGAGAAAGUUGAACCGUUUGUCCAAUGGCUGAAGGAUGCCGAGGAAGAGGACUCCUCGUCGGAUGAUGAUGGUAACGCUUGCGGCGAUUCGGAUGUCGAAAUCGAAUAUGAUGAUCGUGCACGUGUGGAGCCCUUGAAGGUGGCAGCUGUUACUGCCGCCGUUGCCGCUGUUAAUAAGAAAAACGCCAUGGAGGACGAGGAUGGCGACGAGAUAGACAUUGAUGAGAUCUAAGCACGAGCGCACCAGCAUCCGUUUGUGAACAAGGGGUAGCCAAAUUUGUAAUAGCGCAUCGUUAAGAAGGAAUGAAAACAAAUAAAAAAAAGAGGAAAUAAAAGGACUAGGACAAAAACACAAGCAAGCACAGUGACGAGUGGCGGAAGGCGAGUGGCGAGUAACGAGUUGCAAGCGGCGGGCGACAGAUUGCGCAGCAACGAGUAGCAAACUAAAGACUGUUGUGCCAAAACUGUAUCUGCGAAUGACGAGUUAGGUGUAGAUGCGAGUAAUUAGUUAAUUAGUUAGCGAAUAAUUAGUUAACUAGUUAGCAUUGACUCUUAGCCUAGCGGCGGCGAUAACAACAAGAAAAACACUGCAUUCGUUCAGCCUAGUUUAGGGAGCCCCUCGUUGCACUAUUUUGAUAUUGAGUCGCCCAAUCUUACGAUUUCACUACAUUUCGAUUGUAAUCACAUUUGCAUUAUCCUAUAUACCCAUUUGUAACAAUAAACACCAAAUUUAAAUUUAAAUUUAAAUGAAAUUGCACAUACACUACACUCUAUAUGCUAGAUAUGAAAUAUGCGAUAUGCUAUAUAUAUAUAUAUAUUUAUAUAUAUAUACAAAUGAACGGCGCUGAUCAACAUGUCCCUGUCCGAAACCCCAGGCAAAACAAACUGCAACAGCCAACAACAGCAACAAUAUAAAUAACUAACUUUUCUUCGGCUUUCAAUUUGUAGUGUUUUUUUUUUUUAUUUCAAUUAUACAUAUAUAUAUAUAUUAUACUGAUAUCCUUCAGUUUAGUCCAUCUCACGGUAUAAAUUUUUAAUUCGUUUUUCGGUAUACCAAAUUCUAUAUUUUUUCCC